GAACAAGAUGACUGAACUUGCCCAUUACCAAGAACCUUUCUGCAGAUCUUAUCUUAUUCUUAGUCAAAGACUUGGGUAUAAAAGGGGCCAGCCGAAAUCGAGGAGUAAACAGUCGACUAAAAUGAAUCGCAGAGUGCAAAUAUUGGUGAUCUUGGGCCUGGUUUGUGCCAUUCAGGCGCGUAUUCCGAACCUUCGCCGUCUUAUAGGAUCGGGACACAGUAGUCUGGAAAUGGAUGUUGAGGAACCGAUGGGUCCUCAAAUUCUGAUCUACUCGCCCGGCGAGGCGAUGGCCAGAUCCAUGGAUGACCAGGAGCCCACCUUCCAUGAGCCGCAAAUCAGGGAGGAAGUGGCGGAUACCGAACCGGAUAAGGACAGUCGCAAGGUGCCCGAUUAUCUCUACUCGAAUGCCAUUCCCAUGGUCAAUGAUCAGAAUGUGAAGUAUGUGCUUCCCCACCAAGUGGCUGCCUAUCCGGUGGCUGCCUAUGGUCCUCAGUUAAUCUCCAACAAGAAUGCAAUCAACCAAAACCAAGGAGGAAAUGCCCUUUCCUUUGUGAUGGUGCCGCGCGUCCAAUUGGGUUUCAAUGUUCAAGGACAGUCGGGUUUCAAUUGGCCCAGUCUGAAUCUGCUUCCCAAUGAAUCCACGGCCUCCGAGAAGGAGGAGCCUUUGCCACCCGCCGCCACUGCCUACAUUCCCAUUCCAGUGCCCGGCCCACCUGGUCCACCCGGUCCACCAGGCCAGCGGGGUCCAGCAGGACCAGCAGGUCCACGGGGUCCUCGAGGUCCUGCCGGCGAAUCGGGCGUUAUUUCAGCCCAGAAACCCCAAAGCAUUUGGUACACCCAAACCGGCAGUAGCAGCAAUAAUCUCAACAACAAGCCCCAGUAUAACACACCCUUUUCCGGUGGCUAUCAAAGUUAA